AUGACUGCAGCCCAGGCGCAUUGCCGCGUGUUGGACACACAGAUAUCCAACAAGGACCAUGAAAUCCAGCAGCUCCGGCAGACUCGGCGUACACCGGUGGAUGACACCAUUCCUGGUCUACUGGCUGACCAGGCGGCCGUUAACCGAGAAGCUGACGAUGCCCUGCAGAGGCUGGAAAUCGAGAAUCAGGAGCUAAGGGCACAAAUCGCAGAGGCGGCAACAGAAAACAGGUCGCUCAAGUCAAAAUCCUGCGCCCUUGAAGGCGAGGUGGAACGGCUGCACGGGUGCCUCUCAGACACGAGGAACCAUUCCAAGGAAGUGGAGGCGUCCAGGGACAGGUCUCAGGCCCGGGCUGACUUGAUGGAGAGUGACAUAAGAAAACUCAGGUGCACGUUGAAGGAGGCGGAGAGUCAGCUGCAGGAGGUUCGCGCCGAUCUCAAGCAAGUGAAGGCUGCGCAGGGCCGUGGCAAUGACGCCUUGUCCCAUGACGUGGAACUAGAGGUGGCCAAGAGCCAGCUGGAAGCGCUGAGCCACAGGUUUGAGGACAAAACCCAAGAAAUUGCCACGCUGCGGGGUCUCCAUGCCAAUGUGACAGCCGAUUUAAUGAGGACAAAGCAACGUCUCGAGGACGUAGAAGCAGAACUUGCAGGAGCCAAGGAGAUGGCAUGGCACCAGCGCCACCAGAUGGGCUGCCUGGCGUCCCCCGCCUCCAGCGCCUCGCUCGCUGACUUCACCAUGGCGCCGGGAUCGGCCACUGCCGCCGUUCCGCGUCUGAAAGAGCAGCUAAGAGUGAAAGCGGCCCAGCUGGAUGCAGCUGCCGAGCAGCUCCAAAUUGCGUCCGCAAGGUCGCGCGAUCAGCUUGAGUCCCACGUCCAGGAACUGGAAUCUGAAGUAGCUCACCUCAACAACAGAUGCUCCCUGGCGCUUCACUUAAGCCAGGCAGACUCGGCAAACGCCGAGGGCUUGCAAACUGACAUUGACGACACGCUGCUCCCCAAAGAAGGUCAAACGAGGUACUUCGUCACUGCUAAGAAGCUUCCCUCCCCAAGGGCGUAA